UGAUUGUGACCGGGCAGUGCACCCUCCUAAGGGAGUCUCGGAAGUGGAAUGCGACCCCCCAGCCGCGUGCCCCUAGGGGCUGUAAUAUGAUCCCUGGGGACUCCCCCCUCGCCUCCGCCCUCAUUGCCGCCCUCAUUGCCUGACUCCUUCCCUUCCAGAUCCCGGGGCAGAAUCCAGGGCGGCUCAAGGCUCCUCCACACGCGCCCGCUGAACCCUGAGAGCCUUGAGCCGCCACCGGGAUGGGGCGGGCCACCGCUGCCGCCAUGAUCCCGGGUUUGGCCCUGCUCUCGGUGGCCCUGCUUGGGGGUGCUGCCCCCAGCACCCCACGCCUACGGCUCUCCUUCCAAGAGCUCCAGGCUCAGCAUGGUCUCCGGACCUUCCGGCUGGAGCGAGCCUGCUGUUACGAGACGCUGCUGGUGGACGAGGAGCGCGGACGGCUAUUUGUGGGUGCUGAGAACCAUGUGGCCUCCCUCAGCCUGGACAAUAUCAGCAAGCGGCCCAAAAAGCUGGCCUGGCCGGCCCCCGUGGAAUGGCGAGAGGAGUGCAACUGGGCAGGGAAGGACAUCAGUACUGAGUGCAUGAACUUCGUGAAGUUGCUUCAUGUCUACAACCACACCCACUUGCUGGCCUGUGGCACAGGAGCCUUCCACCCGGCCUGUGUGUAUGUGGAGGUGGGCCACUGGCUGGAGGAUCCCAUGCUUCAAUUGGACCUUCGGAGCCUAGAGGAUGGCAAGGGGAAGAGUCCUUAUGACCCCAGGCAUCGGGGCGCCUCCGUGCUGGUGGGGGAGGAGCUGUACUCGGGGGUGGCCGCAGACCUCAUGGGCCGGGACUUUACCAUCUUCCGCAGCCUGGGCCGACGGCCGAGUCUCCGCACCGAGCCACACGAUUCCCGAUGGCUCAACGAGCCCAAGUUCGUAAAGGUUUUUUGGAUCCCGGAGAACGAGAACCCAGACGACGACAAGAUCUACUUUUUCUUCCGUGAAUUGGCAGUGGAGGCGGCUCCCGCACUGGGACGCCGCUCGGUGUCCCGCGUCGGUCAGAUCUGCCGGAACGACGUAGGCGGUCAGCGCAGCCUGGUCAACAAGUGGACGACCUUCCUGAAGGCGCGGCUGGUAUGCUCCGUGCCCGGAGUCGAGGGUGACACCCAUUUCGACCAGCUCCAGGACGUGUUCCUGCUGCCCUCGAGAGACCGCCAGAACCCACUGCUCUAUGCUGUGUUCUCCACCUCCAGCAACGUCUUCCAGGGCUCCGCUGUGUGUGUUUACAGCAUGAACGACGUGCGCAGGGCUUUCCUGGGACCCUUUGCACAUAAAGAGGGGCCCACACACCAGUGGGUGUCUUACCAGGGCCGUGUUCCCUACCCAAGGCCUGGAAUGUGCCCCAGCAAGACCUUUGGCACUUUCAGUUCCACCAAGGACUUUCCUGAUGAUGUCAUCCAGUUUGCCCGGAACCAUCCCCUCAUGUACAAUUCUAUUCUGCCCAUGGGGGGUCGCCCUCUCUUCUUGCAAGUGGGCGCUGGGUACACUUUCACCCAGAUCGUGGCUGACCGAGUAGCAGCUGCAGAUGGACACUAUGACGUCCUCUUCAUUGGCACAGACAUUGGAACAGUGCUAAAGGUAAUCUCCGUCCCCAAGGGCAGCCGGCCUAGCUCGGAGGGGCUGCUCCUGGAGGAGCUGCACAUAUUUGAGGACUCAGCUGCUGUCACCAGCAUGCAGAUCUCCUCCAAGCGGCACCAGCUGUACAUAGGCUCGAGGAGCGCAGUGGCCCAGAUCGCCCUGCACCGCUGCUCUGCCCAUGGCCGUGUGUGCGCUGAAUGCUGCCUGGCACGUGACCCCUACUGUGCCUGGGAUGGGUCUGCCUGCACUCGCUUCCAGACCAGUGCCAAGAGGCGGUUCAGGCGGCAAGACGUAAGGAAUGGUGACCCUAGCACGCUGUGCUCUGGCGACCCCUCGCGCCCCACACUACUGGAGCGGAAGGUGUUUGGUGUGGAGGGUGGCAGCGUCUUUUUGGAAUGUGAACCCCGCUCUCUACAGGCACGCGUUAAUUGGACCUUCCAGCCUGCAGGGGCGCAGGCCCGAGCCUUGGUGCCAGCGGAAGGACGUGCUGAACACACGGCGCAGGGGUUGCUGCUGCGCGGACUGCGGCGCGCGGACUCGGGCGCGUACCUGUGCGCCGCCGUCGAGCAAGGCUUUUCGCAGCCGCUGCGCCGCCUGGCGCUGCACGUGCUGAGCGCUGUGCAGGCUGAGCGGCUGGCCCGUGUUGAGGACCCGGUGCCCGCUGCGCCGCAGGGCCCCAAGCUCUGGUACCGGGACUUCCUGCAGCUGGUGGAGCCAGGCGGCGGCGGUGGCGCAAAUUCCCUGCGCAUGUGUCGCCCGCCUCCCGCGCCUCGCCCGCCAACCCCGGAGCUGCGCAGGAAGGGCCGCAAUAGGCGCACCUACGCCGCGGAGUCGCGUGCUGAGCGGGGCCCACGCAGUGCAACGCACUGGUGA